AAACACGAGUUGCAAAUUUGCAAUCAACCCAUGUCGUCCCAUGAGCUGUAUGAACCCAUGAGCCGAAUCUUACAAAUACUACUUGUGUAGGUUAAAACCACUUCAUUUCUUCGGUUGAUUUCUGCUUUCCGUGGCAAAAUUAACUUUUGAAGCAACGGCUGAAAAUUUUGGGCUAUGACUACCAUUCGUAAGUUCUGCUGCAACGAUCUUCUUCGCUUUGCUUCUGUAAAUUUGGACCAUCUUACAGAAACUUUCAAUAUGUCGUUCUACAUGACCUAUUUGGCUAGAUGGCCUGAUUAUUUCCAUGUUGCUGAAGGCCCCAGCAAUCGAAUUAUGGGUUACAUUAUGGGAAAAGUUGAAGGCCAAGGUGAGUCUUGGCACGGUCAUGUUACAGCUGUGACUGUUGCACCAGAGUAUCGCCGCCAACAAUUAGCUAAAAAGCUGAUGAACUUACUAGAAGACAUUAGUGACAAGAUUGACAAAGCUUAUUUCGUCGACCUUUUUGUGCGGGCAUCAAAUGUACCAGCUAUAAAGAUGUAUGAAAAGCUUGGCUAUGUGGUGUACAGACGAGUUCUUCGUUACUAUUCUGGUGAAGAAGAUGGAUUAGAUAUGAGAAAAGCGUUAUCAAGGGAUGUAGAGAAGAAAUCUGUUAUUCCUCUCAAAAGGCCUAUAACUCCUGAUGAACUGGAGUAUGACUAGUAAAUUAAUGGUUCUUUCUUUUUUCUGGUUAUUGUAGUUUACUUUGGGGAUAUUUAUUUUGCAACAAUUUGAGAAUGUUAAUGGAUGGAUGUGUAACGAUUUGCUUAUCUUUUGCUAAAAUUGAUCUAUAUAGACCUCGAGCUCAAUUUUGGACAA